AUAUCAAACUAACUUCACCUCGGUGUGGUCCUCUAUGAUAAACAGUCGUCAUUACGAAACUGAAAGUGUUACUGCGACUUGGGGACCGCUAGUGCUUAACAAAGCCCAUAUCGUAUCAAAAGCUUUUUAGAGAUUAUGUCUUCAGCCAUUGGAAUUCUGCUUGUGGGGAUUUUCACUGUAACUGCCCCAUCAACUGCUGAUUUUGUGACUAUGGAGUGUCAGAGCAGCACUGGUCACCCUGGCCAGUCCUCAAGGCUGAACUGUGUGGUGAAAGCACAACGGGAAUUUAAAAUAAUGCAGGUCUUCUGGAGGAAAGAUGGUGACCUUGUGAUGAAAUUCGAUGGUGGUACACAAAUAGAGGAUGAACGAUUUCAGUUGGCAGACACCAACUGGAUGAACAGCUAUGAUUUAUCCUUACUUGUGAAGAACACCAAAAUCUCAGAUGAGGGCAACUAUUCAUGCAUCGUGGUCACUAACAGGGGGAUAAGUAAAGGAGAUGCCAGAUUAGAUAUAGAUAAAAGAGGUCUCGGAGGACAAGUAUUUUCUUUUCCAGAGGGAUACGUCAGCUCUUAUGUGAGGCUUACACCGUUAGUCUCAAAAGCCCUCUCCUCAGCCACUUUCUGCUUACGCUUUUACACAGACCAAUUAUCAAAUGACAAUGUUCUCUUUUCGCUAGACAUAACCGGACAACCAGCUGCUCUCACAAUAUUUGGGCAUUUCAGUCAACAACCACACUAUGAAUUGCGCAUUGAGGACAAGAGUCUCCUUUUCUUUGGCCUACAGUACAACUUGAAUAAGUGGAACUCACUAUGUACAGCCUGGGAUGGGAGCACUGGGAUGUCUCAGAUGAUCGUCAAUAAGACGCCCAGUGUCAGGAAACUUGCAAAUCCUGGAGGUUCCCUUGCUGCAAACAACAGUGUAAUACUUGGACCAAAUUGGACGUCAUUCAUGGGACAUAUCACUGAUGUGCAUGUUUGGGACUACGUCAACUCACCAUCCGAAAUCCAGAAUUAUAUGGAGAAUGAUUUUGUGAACUACACCCUGGGUAAUUACCUAAAUUGGAGAUCAUUGGAUUACUCCAUAAAUGGAUAUGUGCUGGUUGAGGACAUUAAUACAUUAAAUUCAUGGAAUUAGAGACAGUGUGCACAAAGGCUACACAAUUACCUGUUACCCUGACCAUGCACUAUUUACCAGCAUUCACAAGCAUUUACCGGUAACAGCAUCUAUCCAUUCGCUUAUGACAAAGUUCACU